AACUUUUCAGUACCUACACUUCAGUGGGCGGUACUUGUCCUCACGGACGCCCAAAAGCAGUACUGGGCCCUACCACGCGCACCUCCCCUUCCUCCCUCCCUCACCGUGGCUGACGAAUUCUUCGACUGCUCUCGACUAGAGCAUGCCUUCGACACCCAGGAGCAGGUCGACGUCUCUCGCGACGACCCAGACAGCGACGGCAACCUAGCCCCUUUCUUUAGCUGUGAUCGGCAACCGUGCCCUAAUCGAACCCCACGGUCCGUCACCACCAACGAAGACGAAGGGCGCUACGUGCCAAUCCGACGAGUCCAACACCCCAGCGGCCCUGCACUCCAAUACACUGGCACCUCGAGAUCCACAUCUCGCCACGUCACUCCCGUCCCAUCCCGACCUGCCUCACCAGGCACCCGCAUCCCCCAACCUGUCGCCAGUACAGGUCAAGCGCGAGGAGAUCCCCAUCUCCCUCGAGGAACUGAGGCAGUCGCACAGUCUUCAGCGACCCCUCAAGCGAUCCCCCAGUUCUCCCUGGGGCCGCGGCUAGAAAGGACUCCCAAGACCGAGCCCCGCAACACUCCACCGCAUUCUUGGGCCAGCUCGUCGUCAGCGGUCACCGCCUCGACUUCAGUCCCUGUCCUACGUCACCCCGCCUCCGGGCUUCCUCAACCGACUUCACCGCCGUCGCCGCCGCUCGGCCGCUCAAGCACUCAUUCCUCGAGAAGUCCGCCCGGCGGACAGUCACAACAGUCGCCUUCGUCCGUGGGCAGUCCUUCGUCCCCCCCGUCGCCAAUAAUGUCCUCUCCCGCUGCCAUCCCUGAUAAGGAGACAUUGAAACUCCUCCUCCCGCUCCGCUACAAUGGCAAGACCGUUAUCGAAUGCAACCAGUUCCUGUCGCAGCUGCGCAUCUAUUGGCUGAUCAACAUGUCAUUGACCACCAUCGAACUCAAGGUGCAGGUCGCACUUAGCCUGCUCGAUGGAGACGCCCGCGCCUGGGCCACUCCCUACUUCGCCCAGCUCAUGUCGGUGCAGAUAGGAGUACAAGGGGCCACGACCCCAUUCGCGAACGAAGCAGCCUUUGCCGCCGCCUUCAGGGCCCGCUUCGGAAAUCUCGACGACGAGGCGGCAGCACAAGUAGAGCUGGCGAAGCUCUGCACGGACAAGUCGGUCCGUGAAAAAUGCACCGCGGCGGAGUUCUCCGCACUGUUCAUGUCGCGACUUGAGGUCAAGCGACAGGGAAAUAUCUAG